AUGGGAUCUUUAAAAAUCGAUUUUGCUGUUGGCUAUAAUGCCACAAAGAUGGUUCUUUCAUCAUUUAAUUUCGUUGCCUCAAUACUGUUUACACUAGAAUGUUAUCAUAUAAUAGGACAUCUAGCCAUAUUGUUACGUAUUCGCAUGCUACCAAGACGAGAUUUAGUUAGAAUAAGAUUAUAUUUUCUGGUUGAUGCCUUAACAGUAUUUAUAACUAACUUUAUCUACAUUGGGAAACUGAAAUGGUUAGCAACUUUACAAAUAAUACAACACCUAUUCUAUUUCUUCACAUGGGAUCAAUCUUAUUUGGCCAAAAAGAUUAUAGAUUGGAGUUCUCUAGACUGGUUUAGUAGUUAUAAGAAUGGUCGAGUGGAGCUAGAUUCUAUUCUUGGAACAGCGUUUGAUGUUGGUGUACAUGCUAUCAAUGCAUACAUUCUAUCACAAUAUAUGUCUAUGUUGGAAAUCUUCAUAGGUGUUUCAAUAUCGUACAUGUCCAUAGGUUACUUCUUAUUCAGUUCCAAGUAUGCAUGGAGUAGUCCCUAUUCAAUGCCGAAAUGGGUUCAACAAAGGAUCCGGCCAAUUGUGCCACUGUAG